AUGAGCGAGGAUGCGCCCCGAAAUCGCAAGGAAAGACGGGCGGCAGCGAAAGAGAGCGGCAAGCCCGUGGAGCCUCCUACAAAAGUUCCGAAAUUGAAGCUCGCGCAACCAGAUCGCUCAGGGCCGAAAGGAAAGACACUACUCGAUGUUUACGAGGACAAGAAAUCACUGCUGGACAAAGGCAGACCCUUUGACGCCAAAUACAGCGAUGGGGUUCCCCGUGGCGAAAGCGGCAACAUCCUUGACGUUGGCCUGGGCGAGAAUGAACCCAUUGGACUUGUCGGAGAGGCUGUCUUCUGGUCGGUAUGCCUGGUGAUGUUUCACUUUACUCUGGAUGUACUCGUCUACAACCAAUUUGCCCAGGAAAUCGUCUGGCCGGCAGUCAUCAAGCGAACAUUCACCAUGCUGCCCAUCCUUUUCCUGGUCAUUUACAUGCUUCGAUCGGAUCUGGCCAAGAAGUUUGGUGUUGUCCGGCAAGUCUUCUUCCUGAUUGUUGGUGUGGUGGCCGGAUGUUACCUCAUUCAUGCUGGUAACAGAUACCAGUAUUUUGCUGUGAUGAAGCAGGCGCCACCUCUGGGUACUUUGUGGGUGUAUAGCGUGAUCGAGAUGGACCUGUGGUUCGCAGCUGGAAGCAUUCUUCUCAAUGUCGCCUUUCUCCUGUACGGGGGCUACUCCUUCUUCUGA